CUGGCGCAAGCAUCUACUCGGGCUUCCAAGAAUUAAGGCUGCAGGCGGCAACCGCCUGUCUCGGUCUUGGAGAGCCACCUGCAUCAGUGACAGUGGUGUUGCAGGACGAGCUGGCGGACUCGGUGCGACCUGGGGAUAGUGUGGACGUGGUCGGCGUGCUGGUACCUCGCUGGCUGAGCACUGCUCCCGGCCGCCGCUGCGAGCUGGAGCUAGUGCUGGUCGCCAAUAACAUUACGCGCGCGGGGGGCCUGGGGCGCGCUGGUGGACCAGCAGCAGCUGUGCCUGUGGGCGGGCUCCCUGCUCCGUGGGACGCUGCACCCCCCGGUUCAGGCACACAAUCCCUGCCCGAGCCUGCGGCGCUAUUCGAGGAUUUCUGGAAGGCGCACGAGAGCACUCCUAUGAUGGGGCGCAACAAGAUUCUUGCAGGCGUGUGCCCGGGUGUGGCGGGGCUGCUUCCCGUGAAACUUUCAGCGCUGUUGGUGCUUGUGGGCGGCGUGGCGCGGCGCGAGGAGGGCUGCAGCAACAUCCGCGGCGAGCUGCAUCUCUUGAUGCUGGGCGAUCCCGGCACGGGCAAGUCCCAGAUCAUGAAGUGGGCUUGUCGGGCCAGUCCAGGCAGGGCAGUGCUCACAACAGGCCGCGGGAGUAGCGGUGCCGGACUUACGGUGGCUGCAACACGAGACGGCAACAGCUGGGCGCUUGAGGCUGGAGCAUUGGUGCUGGCUGACGGCGGCUUGUGCUGCAUUGACGAGUUUGACGGCAUCCGGCCGCAGGAGCGCGCCGUCAUCCAUGAGGCAAUGGAGCAGCAGACCGUGCACGUCGCCAAGGCCGGCCUGGUCACCAACCUCAGCACUCGAACCGCCAUCAUAGGCGCGAUCAACCCGCGCCCCGGCACCACCGUGACGUGCGGCCGGGCCCUGACGGAGGUGACUGGUCUGGAGGGCCCCCUUUUGUCACGCUUUGACCUGGUGCUAUUGCUGGCGGACCCCCGCCACCCUGACUGGGACCGAGUGGUGGCUGGGCAUGUCCUGGCGCGGGGCGGGGCUUCUGCCAGGAGCACCGAGGGCUCCAACGACCCGGAGUUGUUCGGCUCGUCCGCAGCGGCCGCCACAAGCGCGGCUGCGGCUGGCAGUCCGGCUGGCUACCUGGCGCUGCCGGCGCCGGGCGACCUCAAAGCCCCGUUGCCACCAGUUACCCUGGUGGCAGCACCGGCGAUCGACGAGGUGUUGUGUUCAAUGAAUCAGCGCUCCCAGCCCGGCACGUGCAGCGCCUCGUCGUUCCGCGAGCCCUCAAUAGCAGAGAGGAUUGCGGCAAGGCUCAGCAGCAGCACCACGGGCGUGAACCUGGGUGACUGCCAUCCUAGCCAGGCGCCCACGCAGCCAGCUCCAAAGACCCAAACUGCCAACUGCAACAUGACGCCAGCAGCAUCGGCAGCUGCAUCCGGCAACUCUGCAAGCAGCGCGUGGACUGUGGACGUCAUCCGUGCAUACAUUGCGUGGGUGCGCAGCCGGCCGCCACCCGUUAUGACGCACGAGGCCGAGCGCGUGCUUGUGGCCUACUACAGCGCACUGCGGCGAGCCGAGGAGCGCUCCACCGCCAGAUCCACCAUUCGCGCGCUGGAGAGCCUCAUCCGUAUCUCCCAGGCGCACGCACGCGUCAUGUGCAGCGACCAAGUGCUGCUGCGUGAUUCGGUGGUUGCAGUGGUGCUGGCGGACUCCUCGCAGCAGCUGCUGGCCAUACCGGGUGCGGAUUCCAUCACCAACGCCAGAUUCCCCGACGAUCCGGACGGGGAGCUGUUCAUGCAGCAGCAGGUGGUGCUAAUGCGCUUGCAGCUGGCAUCUUUGCUGCCGGCGGCCCUGCCCGGCGUGACGGCGUCUGGGUGAACGCAGCGGCCUGGGAGCUGCCUCAAAAUACUGAACCUGAAGCGUCGUGUCUUCUGAUUCACCAAGGCAGAGCAGGGCCCAGCGGCGGCAGCGGCGGCGCUGGAACCAAUGGUGGCAAGGACUGCAGCACGGGUCCCGGCGACAGCAUUCAUGUGCGGAGCAGGCAAUGCCACGAGGAGACGGGUGUGGUACAGCCCGCGGGUGCAGCCAAAACCGCGCCGCCGGUGCGCAGGUGGAGACCGGCCGUUGUGUGGUUGGGAUUAAUGUUGGGGUUCAGGGGGCGAGCACAGCACAUGGCAGCAGUUUUACGGCUACGUGGAGCAUGGCUAAUUGGGUGUGUGUUGUGCAUGUGCGCUGUGACUUGCUAUGCUGGGCCGAGUGGACGCCUGGCGUAACGCCGCCUGUACCAAGCGACGAUGGUUUGACGUGGUGUGCCCCUCAGCCCGCCUUUCCUUGCCAAUUCGCUUAGUCAGAUAACUGUGGAUGGGUUUCGGCAUCUGCAGGUGAGGCGAUGUUGGCAUAAGAACCAGGGAGACACGCCCGGCACAAAGAGCGAGAACAUAGCCUCCACGCGGGGAUGAAUGAUGGGUGCACUGAAGUGAAGCUGGUGAGGGUGUGAUGUACGGCAGGGGGCCCGUAACGUACGGCAGACAGGCGCACCAAUCUCGGUCCUGUGUAUGCGGUCAUGG